CCACUCCAACAACCUGUUCUGCGACUGUCACGUGGCCUGGUUGUCAGAGUGGUUGAGGCAGCGUCCCCGUCUGGGUCUCUACACACAGUGCAUGUCCCCUCCUACCAUGAGGGGACACAACGUGGCUGAGGUCCAGAAGAAAGAGUUCGUAUGCACAGGCCACCAGUCCUCCCUCUCCUGCAGUGUUCUCCAGUGUCCGGACUCCUGUACCUGCAGUAACAACAUAGUGGACUGUAGAGGAAAGAGCCUUACUGAGAUACCUGACAACCUGCCUGAGACCAUCACAGAGAUUCGGUUGGAACAGAAUUCUAUCAAGGCUAUUCCUGCUGGAGCCUUCUCUCCUUACAAGAAGCUACGCAGAAUAGAUCUCAGUAAUAACCAGAUAUCCGAACUGGCACCAGAUGCUUUCCAAGGCCUGAGAUCUCUCAACUCUCUGGUGCUCUACGGGAAUAAGAUCACGGAAAUCUCCAAAGGAUUGUUGGAGGGACUGUUUUCUCUUCAGCUACUGCUGUUGAAUGCUAAUAAGAUAGCGUGCCUGCGUGUCGAUGCGUUCCAAGACCUCCACAACCUCAACUUGCUCUCUCUAUACGACAACAAACUACAGACCAUCGCUAAGGGAACGUUUGCUUCACUACGAGCCAUACAGACCCUCCACCUGGCCCAGAACCCGUUUAUCUGUGACUGCCAUCUGAAGUGGCUGGCAGACUACCUCCAAGACAACCCGAUUGAGACCAGCGGAGCUCGCUGCACCUCCCCCCGUCGCCUCGCCAACAAACGCAUCGGACAGAUCAAGAGCAAGAAGUUCCGCUGUUCAGGUACGGAGGACUACCGCAGUAAGCUGGGAGGAGACUGUUUUGCCGACCUGGCCUGUCCGGAAAAGUGUCGAUGCGAAGGGACCACGGUUGACUGUUCCAACCAGAAGCUGACCAAGAUACCUGAACACAUCCCUCAGUACACACAGGAACUUCGUCUGAACAACAAUGAGUUUUCAGUGCUGGAGGCGACCGGGUUCUUUAAGAGGCUGCCGAACCUGCUGGCCAAUCCCUUCAACUGUAACUGCCACCUGGCAUGGCUUGGUGAUUGGCUAAGGAGGAAGCGUAUCGUCACGGGCAACCCCCGCUGUCAGAACCCUUACUUCCUGAAAGAGAUCCCUAUACAGGAUGUAGCCGCACAGGACUUCACCUGCGACGACGGUAAUGAUGAGAACAGUUGUAGUCCAGUGUUGAGGUGUCCUGCAGAAUGCAGCUGUCUGGAUACAGUGGUCCGCUGUAGUAACAAGGGCCUCAGCACCCUUCCUAAAGGACUGCCCAAGGACACCACAGAACUGUAUCUGGAUGGUAACCAACUCACACAGGUUCCAGUGGAACUCUCAAAUUACAAGCACUUAACACUCAUCGAUCUGAGUAACAACCAAAUCAGCACGUUGUCCAACUACAGCCUGAGAAACAUGACAGAACUACUGACACUAAUCCUAAGCUACAACCGUUUGAGGUGCGUACCAGUCAGGGCCUUCGAUGGACUCAAGUCUCUACGGUUACUGUCUCUCCAUGGAAACGACAUAUCUGUGAUACCGGAGGGAGCUUUCAAAGACCUGGCCUCGCUCUCUCACCUGGCUCUGGGGGCCAACCCCCUGUACUGUGACUGUAGGAUGCAGUGGCUGUCUGACUGGGUGCAGAGUGGGUAUAGGGAACCGGGUAUCGCCCGCUGUGCCGGUCCUGGAGACAUGACAGACAAACUACUGCUGACCACACCGUCCAAGAAGUUCACCUGCACAGGUCCUCUAGAUGUGGGUAUCCAGGCAAAGUGUGACCCGUGUCUCUCCAACCCCUGUCACAACGACGGUACCUGCUCCAACCACCCCGUCACCUUCUACCGCUGUAGCUGCCCCUACGGAUUCAAGGGUCAGGACUGCGAGGAACCUCUCCAUGCCUGUAUCGGUAACCCCUGUCAGAACGCUGGUACCUGCCAUCUGAAAGAAGGGGAACGCAGUAACUCCUGGUGUGUGUGUGCGGAGGGUUUCGAGGGGGAUGUGUGUGAGAUCAACGUUGACGACUGUGAAGACAACGACUGUGAGAACAACUCAACCUGCGUCGACGGAGUCAACAACUACACCUGCAUGUGUGGCCUGGAGUACACAGCUGCUACCAAUGAGGUGGAGAGAGGUGAGCUGUGUGAGGAGAAAUUAGAUUUCUGUGCUCCAGAGUUGAACCCCUGCCAGCACGACUCCAAAUGCAUCCUGACCCUUCAGGGGUACAAGUGUGAGUGUACCCCAGGCUACGUGGGGGAUCAGUGUGAGCUGGACUAUGAUGACUGUGAGGAGAACAAGUGUCAGAACGGAGCUCAGUGUAUUGAUGCGGUCAACGGAUACACCUGUGUCUGUCCUGAGGGAUACAGCGGUCUGUUCUGUGAGUUCUCUCCUCCCAUGGUUCUGCCGCGCACCAGUCCCUGUGACGACCACGAGUGUAUGAACGGAGCGCAGUGCGUUGUCGUGGAGACGGACCCCCGCUGUCAGUGUCUCCAUGGUUACGAGGGCGAGUGGUGCGAGACGCUAGCCAGUGUCAACUUCGUCAACCGACGGUCUUACCUGCAGCUGCCCUCUAGUCUAAUCACACCUGAGACAAACAUCACACUACAGAUUGCUACAGAUGAGGACAGUGGUGUGUUGCUGUAUAAAGGAGACAAGGACCACAUUACCAUAGAGUUGUAUAGAGGACGUCUCCGUGUCAGCUACCACACUGGAACAAACCCUGCCUCUGCUAUAUACAGUGUGGAGACAGUAAAUGAUGGUGUAUUCCAUGUGGUAGAGUUGGUGGCAUCAGAUCAGACUGUGUCUCUGUCUAUUGAUGGAGGACCAGUCAAGUCUAUCAACUCUCUGAGUAAACAGUCAACACUCAGCAUCGAUUCUCCUCUAUACCUGGGAGGUAUGCCAGAUCGUUGGUCCGUCUCUGCAGCGCUGCAGUCUGGAGUUGGGGGGCAGAACGGGACCAGCUUCCAUGGCUGUCUCAGGAACCUCUACAUCAACGGACAGCUGCAGGACCUGGGGGUCGGGCUGGAGCAGGGACAGACUGGGGUUGAAGCGGGAUGCCAGCCAUGCCAGGCAGGUGUGUGUGGCCAGGGUGAGUGCCACCCAACCGGUCAGAGAGGCUUCUCCUGUACCUGCCACCCUGGGUGGACCGGAGACCGUUGUCAGGACCAGGUCAACAACCCCUGUGAUGGGAACAAGUGUAUCCAUGGUUCAUGUCUUCCUAUCAAUUCCUACUCCUACUCCUGUCGCUGCCAGCCAGGAUUCCUCGGGGUGCUGUGUGACGAGGCAGACCAGGAAGUGCUGGACCCCUGUCAGCUGACCAGGUGUAAACAUGGGAAAUGUAGGCUGUCUGGCCUGGGCAAGGCCUACUGUCAAUGUAGCCCAGGAUACACGGGGGACGCCUGCGACAGAGCCUCCUCUGAUCCACCGCCCCCCGGCAGAGGGGUCACCCAGAGGUGGUCUGUCGAGGGGAACGGCUCCGAGCUGUCUACCAGCUCCAGAGGGGCUAUUCGGCGUGUGAAACCCAGGAGAAGGUCUCCCGUCUAGAGUGCCGUGGCUCCUGUCCGGAGGAGACAGGGAGGGGCUGCUGCUCCCCUUUACGUUCCAAACGCAGGAAAUACACCUUCCACUGCACCGACGGCUCCUCCUUCGUACAG